CUUGUCGGUCCCAGCGCCUCAGUGGGCGAACCUGAAUAUCACUGCUCUAGAGUGCACCAAGCGAGCCUCCCUGCUCACGUUUGCGUCCUUCUUUCGUCGCAACGCGUAGAAGUGUACCGAUUGUGGAGAACCUUCUGGGGGUGUGGUGGAUCUUCAAGGACAAGAGCAAGGUUUUUGCAGUUUUGUUGUAGCUAGCUAUAUAUAGCUGCACCACCGCCUUGGACGUAAAAAUGUUAACUAGCUCACCUUGCUGUUACCAGCAAGCUAAUAAGUGGUCUUCCUAUUUGGGCUAUGUUAGAAAUAGCAUAAUUUAAUUGGACAAGCUAGGCACUUGGAUAGACACUGGGACUGUUUUUUUUAUUUUGAAAAUAGGGCACUGCUUUGGCUCUGCAUCAUAAACCUUCUGUGUGUAGAAUACAUACAUUUACCCCUUAGAAAAAACUUAUGUGGUUGUCGAUGAGAAUACACCUCUUACAACAUGUUUUGUUAUCCGAAUUUCAUGGUGGUGACUCAAGGAUAUGGCGUGAGUAGCUGCUGAUGCAUAACAGGAAUCUACCCAUCAUAACAUUACAUCAUCCAAUGAUGUAAUGUAGCUAAUUCCAAUUAUUGCGCCGUUUUGUGUCAUACUGUAUAUAGUAGGCGGUGGCUUCUGUAUAGAUAACACGAUAGCGACGAUGGUUAAAAAAUGGCUCUCUUGUAUGGUGCUGAUUGCUCUGCCCGCUCUUCUGGCACAUAUACACGAAAAUGUUGUUGAGUAUGCUGUAAGUGGCUAUUGCGGGGAAAAGGCCUCCCGUGUACUGAAGAUAUCUGGUGCAGUAGGUGGUGAAAUGACUUCUGGGGAUGAGACAGUUAGUUUCACAAGUCAGCAGCAAAGCAUGUCAGUGGGAAAUUUUGUGGUAUUCUUUAACGAAAUUCAAAUAAACAACAUCGGAACACAAUGCAACUAUACACUGACCAUUUAUAUUGAGAUGAGAUACCAACAACAGCGUCUGAUAAUAUCCAUUGGAGAGAAGUAUCAAGUCUUCACCAAUCUAGACUUAGUGACAUUGGCAAUGAAUAUAACGACAGGCAACUUUGUGAUUCCUCUUCCGAAAGUCUUCAGCUCAACAAGUGACAAGCUUAUACUGGUUGCUGUGACAAAUACCUGUGAAGAAACAUGGAAUGGUAGAGUA